AUGGCCGCUUUCAGUGAAGGUGCUCUUAUAAAAAAAUUAGCGGAUUUAAAUCCUUCCCAGCAAAGUAUUCAAACUCUUUCAUUGUGGUUAAUACAUCAUAGAAAACAUCAUGCAUCCAUUGUUAAAGUUUGGUAUAAAGAACUCAUAAAAGCAUCUGAAAAAAGGAAAAUAACUUUUAUUUAUUUAGCCAAUGAUGUUAUACAAAAUAGUAAAAAAAAGGGACCUGAAUAUGGGAAAGAAUUUGGAAAUAUAUUACCUAAAGCAUUUGAACAUAUGUCUGGAAUAGAAAAUUUCGAUGAAAAAUCGAAAAAAAGUUUAGAAAGAGUUUUGAAUAUAUGGGAAGAAAGAGGGGUUUAUGAAUCGAAACAAAUAGGAGAAUUUAAAAGAGCUUUUGGAGAAGAUGAAAAAAAAAAACAUAGAAAAGAAAAAUAUUCUCCUCUAAACUUGAGAGAAAGAAAAAAAUCAGAAACUGAGACUGAAGUAGAAGUUGAUAAUUUGAAAGAAAUUCAUCUUACAUUAUCACCUAGAACACCUGGAGGUGAACCACCUGAACCUGAAGAAAUUAUCAAAGCUCUGAUGGAUUUAGAAAAUUCAGCAUCGAGUGAUGUGGCUGUUAGAGAAGCGAUCGCUUCUUUACCACCAGAAGUUUCCGAUGUGAGUCUUUUAAUUAAACUACAAGACAGAGCUGCUGCAGAAAAUUUAUCCAAACAAGUUAAUGCAGCUGCACAAUUAGUUAGUGAAUACAAUGCAAGAUUAUCUGCAGAAUUAGAAGACAGAAAAAAAGUGACAGCACUUUUAAGGGAUUUUACAGAAUCACAAAAUGAAUUGUUAUCCCAUGCGAAACAAAGACUAGAAGAGUAUCAAGAAAAAUUACAAAAAAUUCACCAGGUACGACAAGAAGUGAGGUCACACCUACAAAAUUUACCAGAUUUAACGCAAUUACCCGAUGUGACAGGUGGCCUUGCACCUUUGCCCUCAGCUGGAGAUUUAUUUAGUUUUAAUUCGUGA